AUGGUUAAUAAUCUCAUUUUCUCGAAUUUCAGCCAUUCGCGCUCGUUGACAAUAGAAAAGCAAUUGAUCAGCUUGAUCCUCUACAACAAGAAGGUGGUUUUGCAAGGCUUCCUUCGUCUUUCAAGCUCGUUGAAAAGCGACGUCAAUUCAAGUUUGGUGGUUCUUCUUCUUAAAAUUUUUGCUGACGCCAAAGCAUUUUCGAGAUUACCCUCCACAGAUCCUCAAAAGGAUAAGUUGAAAGGAGGUAAGAACAAAGUAGCACCUUUCAUUCCGGCUCAUGAGGACAAGAACAUUCUUCUUCUUGAUGAAGAGUAUUUUUACAAUUUUGGUGUGACGAGUAAGUUUGUUUCUUGCUUUUCAAAAGUCGAUGAUUUGAAUUGUGAGUUUGUUGAUGAGCAGCGACAGGCUCUUUUCAAUUGUGAACUGUUCUCGAUACCAUCCAUCGCUAGAUCUGAAGAUGUAACCGAAUCAUCUGGCAAUGAAACUAGUGUAUGCUGGCUUGAUAUUUUUGAGAAUGGCGUCCAUAAUGCCCGCCUGUCACAAUGUCAAUUACGAUCCAGCUGUUAA